CGUCAUCGCUGGUGGGAGGCGUAACCCGGAAAUGCUCACUUCCGGCCUGCAGUCAAGAGUCGCCAUGCUCCUCUAAAUGUGUUUUUCAUGAAAUAUCUGCGGAUAUUUGCUGCAGUUUUCAGCAAACAUCGAGCGGCGGCGCCAGCAAGUGUGAUGUUUAAGCCGCUGGAGACCAAAGUGCUGACUUUGUCACCGGCGGCCGCCCACGAGCCCACCUUUGUGACGCGGGAAAGUGGUGCAGAUCCGAGCGACAUCUUGAGCUGCACGGCGAAGGCUCUGAAGGACGGCCAUGUGGUCGCCGUGCCCACCGACACCAUCUACGGCCUGGCGUGUCUGGCCCAGAACACCGGCGCCGUGCGCAAAAUCUACGACAUCAAAAGCCGGAAUGAGCAGAAGCCUCUCGCCAUUUGUGUGGGAGAAAUCCAGGAUAUAUACAAGUACUGCAAAGUGAAAGUGAAAGAGGAGCUGCUGGCUGACCUCCUGCCAGGUCCUGUCACCCUGGUGUUUGAAAGAUCCGAGAUACUGAACAAAGAGCUCAACCCUUUCACCCGACUGGUGGGCGUGCGGAUUCCAGACUGUACCUUCCUGCGCCGCAUUUGUCAAGCGUGCAAGGAGCCGCUGGCACUCACCAGCGCCAACGUCAGCGCACAAAGCAGCACGGUGGCCGUCCACGAGUUUAAGGAUCUGUGGCCCAAACUGGCAGUGGUCGUGGACGGCGGGCCAAUCGGAGACCAGACUCGUCUCGGGUCGACCGUGGUGGACCUUUCUGUACGCAGCAGGUACCGCAUCAUCCGAGCCGGUUGUGCCUUGUCUUCCACGGUGGACGUGCUGGAAGGUAAAUAUGGACUCUCCUCUCUGGAUUUGGGAUAAAAGCAGAUCCCAAAAGUCCACAAAUGAACUUUUCUCUCAACCUCAAGACCAUUAUUUUUCCUCGGGAACAUUUGAUACUCUGGACUUUGGAAACACUCUACGGGUAUAAAGUAGACUGCUUGCAAUAUUUUUUUUAUGAUGGGAGUGGCUUUUAUUUUUGUGGCUUUAUUGUUGAAUUAUAUUGGUCCUUUAUAAUAGAAUUAUGUGGAAGUUUUUCUUCUUUUUUCAAAAAGUAACUGAUCUAUACCCUUUUUUGCAUUUCUCUUUAUAUAUGUUAUUAUUCUUUUAGAAAAAAAUGCCUUCAUGCAUGUUAAAAACUGUUACUCGGGUCAAUCUAAGUUAAAUCUUGUACAAUAAAGACCUCAAAUUUCUCCUUAACAACAACAA